AGAUAACCUAUUGAUGGUCCGAUGUAUCCAAAGCGGACAAUAUAAUUGGUGUGUGGAGCGUGGAUUUACAACAUCCACUAUUAGGAACUCCUCCUUUAUAUGAUACACUGAAAGCAAAGCCUAGCUAUCUCAGCUUACUUGAAACGUAGGCAUGGAGUUCUAUGCAUAUCUUUUCUUCUCUUUGCUCCUCUUGAUAUGUAUUCGUGCCCUUUUACAACUUACAAAGAAGAAAAAACUUCCCCCAGGACCAACAGGCCUUCCCAUUAUAGGAAACCUCCUUGCAAUAGGUGACAGACCCCAUCAUUCCUUAACCAAGCUAGCCAAAACCUAUGGUCCAUUGAUGACAAUUCGACUAGGCUUCAAUACUACCAUAGUUGCUUCUUCCGCGGAGAUGGCAAGAGAAAUCCUUUUAAAGAAGGAUCGAGCCUUUUCCGGCAGGCCAGUUCCAGAUGCAAUCACAGCUGAAAAGAACUACCAUAUGUCUAUAUUAUGGUUACAGUGUGGUCCAAAAUGGAGAAGCCUUCGAAAGGUAUGCAAUACAAAGAUUUUUAGCUCGCAGAGGCUAGACGCGCAAAAAGACCUGCGAUGUCAAAUGAUGGAUGAAAUGGUGAAGCGCGUGAUGGUGGCCAGUGAAGCUGGAGAAGCCAUUGGAAUACGGAGUUUGGUGUUUCAAACUGCGUUAAGUUUGUUAACCAAGUCCAUGUUCUCCGACGAUAUGAUAGUGGAUGAAAAAUCAAAUGCUGUUGAAGAACUGGAAGUGUUGAUUGAAAGGAUAAUGGAGUUGGAAGCAACACCAAAUCUUUCGGAUCAUUUUCCUUUCCUCAAACCUUUUGACCUGCAACACAUAAGGCGAAAGAUGAAGGUUUCUUACGAUCGCGUUCAUGAGCUGAUCGACCAGGUUAUCGAUCAACGUUUGAACCGAAGAGCGUCCCAAUUGCCAAGAUCGAAUGAUUUACUUGACACCCUCCUUGACCAUUGCGAUGAGCAUGCUGCAGAGGAGUUCAACCAUGAUGAUAUCAGCCUUUUACUAUUUGUAAGUUCAUCUCCCCUGCAUUUUAGAUCAGACAUGUACAUCGGAGGAACUCAGCCCAUCACCGCCACAGUGGAAUGGGCAAUGGCAGAGCUGCUUCGCAACCCAAUAAUAAUGGACAAGGCAAAACAAGAGCUGGUGGAGACGAUUGGUCAUGAGAAACACAUUGAAGAGAAGGACAUCCUACAACUUCCCUACCUACAAUGCAUAUUGAAAGAAACAAUGCGUUUGCAUUAUCCGGUACCUCUUCUCAUCCGCCAUUGCACUGACACAGAUAUCAAAAUAUGUGGAUAUUCCAUUCCCAAGCACACCAGUGUGUUUGUGAAUACAUGGGCAUUAAUGCAAGACCCCGAGAACUGGGAAAACCCAACACAAUUUAUACCAGAGAGGUUUAUGGAGUCAGAAUUGGAACUUAUGGGAACGAAUCUCAAUUUCAUGCCAUUUGGUUCUGGAAAGCGUAUUUGCCCUGGAUUGAGUCUUGGAGUUAGAAUGACAAGCUUGUUGUUGGCUUCUCUCAUCAACCAUUUUGACUGGAAGCUUCCUGAUGGAAUGGCAGCCCAGGACAUGGACAUGACAGACAAAUUUGGUGUUGCACUGCAAAAGGCUAUACCGCUUGUUGCCAACCCAAUGGUCAGUUCCCGUGGCUAAUCAAUUUUCGGUGCUUCCAUUGUGAUCUUUGCCAAGUUGUGUGAACCAAUCAAUUUGCUAAAACCGUCGUAUUUGUCCCCAGUCAUGCCCCAGUAUGUAAUAUUUAUAAACUGCAUUUCUCUCUCUCUCAUGCACAAAUUGUCUUGCAUUACAGAUUGCUUGCAGAGUUGGUUCGGUAGGGAAUAUUUAUCAA